AUGAGUGGCGGAUACCAUCCCCCAGAGCCAAAAGCGCACAAAUAUUGCGAAGUAGUCCAAAUAGGCAUCGAAGACGACACUGCUGAAGUAACACUUUUCUACACUCCAGAAAGAGGUUUUAAUUCUGCUUUUCUGUACAAUUGUAUGAGAUAACAACGCGAUAACACCCGCUUAAACUCGGUAUUUUUUUUUAAAACAUUUCCAGAGUUUCAAGUAAGCCACGGAUACGUAUUGGAAGAUAAAGAGGAGAGCAAUUACGGCCGCCGAUACCGCAAAUUGAAACUCGUUACUUCAAAAGCUAACGUGAUUGAAGUCAGGCGAUAUAGCAACGGAGGUAGGCAUUUAUGAUCAUCAUAGAAGUUUCAACGUUAUUUGCGCAAACAUUGAUACACCAAUUCGUUUCUUUUUCGCCAAGAAUAUCACGUGGACGCCGACGGGAGAAUUUUUAACUUCGAUGGAAGAAAAGUUGAAGUGUAAAAGGUAAGUUACUAUGCAAGGCGAACUCUUGAAUGUGCGCCAAAACGUAUUUAAGUUUCUGAGACCUAAAGAUGUAGUUUUCUUUAUUUGGCCAGAAGAAGGCUUAGAAAGACGCGCUUCACAAUACAAGCGUGUACGCAAUAAGUAGCUCCUGUUCAAUAAAGGCGAAUAACAAAGUCAAUUUGGCUUGUUCUUACGACAAGAGGGCCCAUUUCACCGCUCAAAGCUUUGCCAAUUCGACUGAUUUCGGUAAAUCCCAUGAUAGUUGUGGCAAAAUUGAAUUUGCUAGGUGAGCGCCUUUGUGCAUAUCUUUUGGUUUGCUUAACAUGCUGGAAAUCAAUACUACUCAUCUAACUAUAAAUAGGCAUUUCUGCUAAGAGUAACUAACAAAAAUUGUUUUUUUUCCCAGAGGAUUACUCAAGAAAGACUUCGAUUGACAAGAGAUACAGCCCACAGAUCUUGAUUCUAAUUUAACGUAAAUAAAAAAUCAUGUUAACUGCCAUAAAUUGUCAAAAUGUUUAUACAUUUUCGUGCAUUGGUGAAACUAUUGUGAAAAUAACAGGCAACCAAUUCAGCAAGCCCCAAAAGCCACCAAUCACUAAAUAGUGGAAGGUACCCAGACACUAAAAAAAAGUUUUAAAAUGUUCUCGGCGAAGCAAAAAUAAAGCAUUCCUGCCAUUCUAGUCUGUUCAAAGUCAGUUUUCUCCUUUCCGUAGCUCCGCCUUCUGAAUAUAAUUUAACCUUUCACGCCUAACACGCACGUUGACGAUGAUUGAAAAAUCAAGUCAAGCAAAUGACCGAUUUCGAUAAUCGCACCACAAACGAUUACAAAGCGGACUGCAUUACCUUUGAUAGGAAAAAGAUAUACUAAAAGAUAUAUGUAAACAAAUCUUGAGUUAAAAUCUGGUUGUGAGAUAGUGACAAAGAGAAAUUGACCCAACGUAAGAAUGUAAACAAACGAACAACACAAGCGCAAGAGUGCGAGGGAGAUUACGUCGCUCGGGAAGCGCGCGCGAACGAGGAAACGAAACCGAAAGCUCGCCAAUACCAAACAAAGGGCUGGAUAAAACAACUGAGCGAAGCAGCUUUCUCCCAGUGUAUUCGUAUUACGCGCAUUCGACGUUGCCUCCAAGACAGUGCGAACCUUCUCUCUCAGUUUUUUUAAGAAAAAUGUCGCAUUUUGAUCCAGUGGAGCCUAGGUAUGGUGAGAAAGUAUCCCUAGGAAAAUACUGCUGCCAUAACGAUGCGGAUGCCAUACUACUGUACUCUCUGGAUAGAAAAAGUAAGUAACUUGAACUGUUUUGUGUAGCACUGAAGUCUCAAAUUUACUAACACGAUAUCCGGAAAAUGCAGAGUUCGAAGCCAAGUAUGGACGAAUAACUAAGGAAAAAACCUCUGGGAGAAGCACAACGGUGAAACUGCGAUCGGCCAGUGGAUGUACUUAUAAAGUCACUCGGCAUGGCAAUGGCAGUAAGUGAAGAUUCAGUGAUUUCAACCUUUUUAUAGGGAGUUACGCAUUUGUAACGUUGUCGCAGUCAACAGAUAACGCAAUUUCACAUGAUCUCUUUCAGCGUCUCAUUAUGUUAGUGGUCUGAACUAUCGUCAGCUGAAUACUUUCGAAUUCAUUACCUUAGAAUAUUUUUAUCAUUUGCGUAACCCGUUCAUGUUAAGUGCUUCUUCUUGUUCCUCUUCAUCAAAGAUUAUAGCACUGGUUGGCGUACCUGGAAGGAGGUUGAGACUGUUACCUAUUAACUGUGGUAAGUGUAUGAAAUUCAACAUGCUCAAUCAAUUUUAUUCUAGAAUAAAAGCCAUUCUUGUACAAACAAUUUGCUUCCUAGCGGGCAUAAUUCUCAGAAUAAGACUUAGUAAUCAAAACUUGGAUAUGUUGGUUUAGCCAAGUACUCUGCUUGGCAAUGGGCAUGUUCCUCACCUAAAGCAAGUAGUAAUUGUAAAUUUCUCUGUUUGUGAUCUGCAAUGAAAAUGCGCUCUUUUCUUAUUUCAUCUCAAUUGCAGACUGUUCAAGAGCACUGGUAGAACCACUCAGUUAAACACUGGGAAAUUGUUGAUUUUAAACGAACCAAGAGCCUUAUAAAGUUUGUAGCAUGGUAUAAAACAUAUAUGAAUCUUAAUGCAAUUUUGCUGAGCACUGCUAGAGCCACUCCGUUAAACGCUGAAAAAUUGUUGAUUGUAAACGAACCAAGAGCCUAAUAAAGUUUGUAGCAUGGCAUAAAACACAUAUGACUCUUAAUUCAAUUUUGCUGAUUGAACAUACAAUGCGUAAAAGAAGCGUGUGCACGCCAAAGCAGAGUUAAUGAACUCCACGCUUACUCUAUUUUCAAAGGACACAAAUAUUGUAAAUAACAGCAAAUGAAUCGAACGGUACUUUCCGGAAAUUUUUUGCCAUUAGAAUUCAGGAUCAGUAAAGGAUUAUCUUUCGAGUGCAGCUGAAAGGUGGAAACCGACGAUUAACAAUCGUAACUUAAACAGGCCACACAUUAAAUAUCAGUCGCGACCGCGGUGGAAGUACUUGCUAUCACAUAUUUGCGUAUGCUUUUAAUCGGGGUCAACAAUGAAAUGAAAUCUUGUGCGGCUACAACAAUCCGUUUCAAUGUCGAAAAAGGUUCCCUUAGAUCAUAAAAGGGGAGCUAAAAAUAGGUUUCUUAUCAAUCAGUUAAGAAUGUGCAGCCAAAGCAAAUAUUGUGCCGCGCAGGCGUAAAAAAAGUCAAGCUGUGAAAUACGACAAAACGGAGGAGAAAUAUCGAGCAAUCAGGGUUAUACGCUGAGCAAAGCAUCACAGUUAAACAACAAAUCAUCCUCUAUUUCCUCGAGAACCGUGGGCAAUCAAAAUGAGUCACGGAUAUCAACCCCGAGAGCCAAACGUGCCUAGAUACUGCGAAGUAGUCCAAAUAGGCAUCGAAGAGGAUACUGCUGAAGUAACACUUUUCUACACUACAGAAAGAGGUUUGAAUUCUGCUUUCUGCACAAUUGUAUGAGAUAACAACGCGAUAACACCCGCUUAAACUCGGUAUUUUUUUAAACAUCUCCAGAGUUUCAAGUAAGCAACGGAUACGUAUUGCAAGAUAAAGAGGAGAGCAAUUAUGGCCGGCGAUACCGCAAAUUGAAACUCGUUACUUCAAAAGCUAACGUGAUAGAAGUCAGGCGGUAUAGAAACGGAGGUAGGUAUUCAUGAUCAUCGUUGAAGUUUCAACGUUAUUCGCGCAAAAUAUUGACUGAUACAGCAAUUCACUUCUUUUCUACCAAGAGUAUGACGUGAACGCCGAUGGGAGAGAUGUUUACAUCAAAAGAGAAAAAGUUGAAGUGUAAAGGUAAGUUAUUCUGAAAGGCGAACUCUUAAAUGUGCACAAAAACGUGUUUAAGCUUCUGAGACUUAGAGAUGUAGUUUUCGUUAUUUGGCCAGAAGUGGGCGUAGAAAGACGCGCUUCACAAUACAAGCGUGUACAUAUUUCUCAGAGUAAGACCUAGUAAUCACAGACUUGAGUAUGACAGUUUAGCCAAGUACUCUGCUUGGUAGUAGGCAUGUUCCUCACCUAAAGCAAAUAGUAGUUAUAAAUUUCUGUGUUUGUGAUCUGCAAUGAAAAUGCGCUCUUUUCUUAUUUCAUCUCAAUUGCAGACUGUUCAAGAGCACUGCCAGAGCCACUCUGUAAAACACUAGGAAACUGUUGAUUGUAAACGAACCAAGAGUCUAAUAAAGUUUGUAGCAUGGCAUAAAACAUUAAUGAGUCUUAAUGCAAUUUUGCUGCAUGAACAUUCAAUGCGUGAAAGAAGCGUGUGUACGCCAGAGCAGGGUCAAUGAACUCUAUACUAGCCCUAUUUUCAAUGGACAUGAAUAUUGUCACUUCAAUCGAAUUUAGUCAAUCAUUAGAGGCCAUGAGAGCACACGACGAGUAAAAAAUACCACUGAGUAAGGAUUUGACCACCGCCGUAAGCAACAAAGUUGAUAAAUUUACUUCUUAGAUGAAAUGAAGCUUUUGUCUGUAAUAGCAAAUGAGAUAAGUACUAGCGUGUUAAAAACAUGUUUCAGCAACUACGGCAUUCUAACCGAAACUAUUCCGUAGAAAUCUGAUGAAAAACAUUUCGUAACCAAAUUAACGUUGGUGUUUAGUCAGGGUACGCUUUCGUCACUAUGGGAAAAACUUGAAGUCAAAGUCGAACUCGUGUCUCUGAAACCUAAGAGUCUCAAAUGUCAACUCGCUCAGAUUGAAUCCUACAAAUCCUCAACAUCUUACCCAAAUAAAAAAUGACAUGCAAUACUUAUUCAUUUCAACUCCACAACUGAUUCAUAACGCGUCACAUUUCAAGGCAGGCAAUAGCUUCUGCGACAACAGAUGAGAGCUGGAAGGAUGAAUACCCCAACCAGGAGGUAAAAUCGAAAAACACGAUGGCUAAACGAGAAAUUAACUACACGCGUCAAUUUAGAUGAACACAAAGCCAAAAGAUGCACAUGCUCAGACAUGAAAGCGAGGUUAAAAUGCUGUCUUAUCAGUGGAAAGAGAGAGGUGGAAAUGGCGUAUCUUGUAAAAAUAAAGAGUGACUCGCCUGCGAUUCUGCUCAAAAUCGGUGUAAGAAUUUGACUAUGAUCGAGAGAUAAUUAAAACAAGUGUUCUAAAUUGGCACACUGAUUAAUAAGAAAGCCAAAUCCUAUGAAACGAUAAUGAAAAAAAUACAAACAAAUAAGACGCACGAACGGGUUAGAGACUAACCUAGGUAACCAAUCAGAAACAGCCACAAGGAUAAAAUUUUCUUAAAAAUGUGUCUGGCGAAGCACUUUUGCUGCAGUGCUUCGACAACACGCAAACAACGUCUUAUUCGCUAUAUCUGCAAAUUUAUUCAAACUAAGAAGAGUAAAAUGAACCCUUUCCAACCUGACGAGCCGCGGAACGACUUCCUUGAAGAAGUUUGUCUGAAACGUUUGGAACAUCGGAAUGCCGAUGUGAAAAUAACGUACGACACGAGACGUAGAGGUGAGUCUUCCUCUAAUCUUCUUUGUAUCUCAAAAAUCCAUUUACUUUCUUUGAUUGUUAAUUUUAAUCUUGCUAGAUUACAAGGUCGUCGAUGGCACUCUUAAAAAAAAGGAGUGUGUAAAUGGGUCUACUAAAUUGACGAUUCUCUCCAACUCCAAGCACCAAUACACUGUCACCCGAAAGCGAGGAGGAGGUAUGUUUAUCUAGAUCGGCGAUUGUGGCACAUGAGUGAGGUUUAACAGCUUUUUCGUUUAUUUAGUGUAGGUUAUGAUAGGAAAAAUUUGAAGAGAUGUAAGACAUGCAUUUACAGCCAUGGCUAUCUGCUCGCUGACCUUCCUUUUAGCUGUACUCUUCUAUAUUUUUUUCUGCUACGGUUUCACUUAAGAUUCGUCACCUUAGGUUUAGAAGCUUGUUAUGCUUAGAAAAACUCUUGUUUAGCCAUGUCUUUAUCCUAAUCGCUGAAUUGCACAAUAUACAAGUACAGCAAUAAUGAGAAUUAUAAAUUCCCAUAACUGAGACCUUAUACCAUUCUUGCUAAAUCUUCUUCGCAG